AAAUCUCUAUUCCUUAGCCUACAAAUAAGAAAAUACAAAGCAGGCGACAAAAUAUGAAAAAAGAAAAGUGGGCUCUUGGCAACUGCGAGGAAAGAAAGUUGCGGGCUUUCCUCGUCCUCCCACCAAUACUCUAAAGAAGAUAAAAAAAAGAAAACAUCAUCCCAAAGCUUAAAGGCUAAAGCAAUUCUUUUUUUUUUUUUUGUUCUUUUUUUUUUCCCCUCUAUGAGUUCCUCUGCUUUUGCUUCUACAUAUAUAACUCUGCAACAACAUGUUUUCUUGAUCUAACUACUUGUGGUAGCAUCUAAGAGAAGAGACACUUAAAGAAGUCAACAUGGGCAAUUGCUUUGGAUCUCCCUCUCAGGAUUCUAUUCCUAGCGCCUCUUUCACCACUACCAAUCCUCCCACCCCAGGGUCAUCAAAUAACAACACCACCAUGGAUUUCUCAGCUACAAGCAGCAGUGCAGGUAAAAGUCAAUUCUCUGCUGCAGUAAGCGAAGGGAAUGAUGAGGCAAAUCUAAACGGUCAAAUUUUGGAAGCGGCAAACUUGAAGGAGUUUACCUUUGCUGAUUUGAAGAGUGCUACAAAGAAUUUCAAACCAGACACUUUGUUGGGUGAAGGUGGUUUUGGUAAAGUCUUCAAAGGAUGGAUAGAUGAAAAGACUUUGGCACCCUCCAAAACUGGCAUUGGGAUGGUCGUUGCAAUCAAGAAAUUAAACCCAGAAAGUAUGCAAGGGCUUCAAGAGUGGCAGUCAGAGGUGAACUUUCUAGGGAGGUUGUCACAUCCCAACCUGGUUAAAUUAUUGGGAUAUUGUUUGGAGGAUAAAGAGCUACUCCUUGUGUAUGAGUUCAUGCAGAGGGGAAGCUUGGAGAAUCAUCUUUUCAGAAGGAAUCCUGCUAUUGAACCCUUGUCUUGGGACUUACGGCUCAAGAUAGCUAUUGGAGCAGCUCGAGGUCUUGCUUUUCUUCAUACUUCAGAUAAGAAAGUCAUUUACAGAGAUUUCAAGGCCUCAAAUAUACUGCUUGAUGGGAAUUACAAUGCAAAAAUAUCAGAUUUUGGCUUGGCAAAAUUUGGGCCUUCAGGUGGCGACUCACAUGUGACAACUAGAGUUAUGGGAACAUAUGGCUAUGCUGCUCCUGAGUACAUUGCAACAGGUCAUUUAUAUGUUAAGAGUGAUGUGUAUGGGUUCGGAGUGGUGCUGCUUGAAAUGCUGACAGGCUUAAGGGCACUUGAUACAAAGCGUCCAAAUGGGCAGCAAAAUUUGGUUGAUUGGUUGAAGCCUACUCUUCCACAGAAAAGAAAGUUAAAACCCAUCAUGGAUGUGAGAAUAGAAGGCCAAUACUCUUCAAAAGCAAUGUUACAAGCGGCACAACUUACUUUAAAAUGCCUGGAAUCAGAUCCUAAAAGCCGUCCCUCCAUGAAAGAAGUUGUGGACGAAUUGGAACAAAUAGAUGCAAUCAAAGAAAAAAAAAGGGGGACCAGAAGUACUACUUCUGGUUCGUUAGGUUCUUCAGCUUCUCACCAAUCAUCCCAUCGUCGUUCUCCAUUCCACUUGAAGCCGCAUGACACCUAGUAGUAAGCAGGAUGUCAUUGUGAGUGACAAAAGAGAAGGUAAAACAUAUGUUGGAUCCAACAAGUUCUGUGCUUUGACAAAAUCAUGAAAUGCGGUUAUUUUUUAUUUGUUUGAACUUGUGAUUAAAUGAUCUUCAUUUUUUAGUGAUUUCUUUUAGUUUGUAGCAAA